AUGAGUCAUCAGAGUGCCAUGAGGCCCUACCCAACAAGCACACCUACCAGUCAGCAGUUCCUUCAAUGCUUGCAGGAGGAGUGGGACAUUGAUCAAGAUGAAGAUCAGCUUAUGAUUGUUGACGUUCCUCCUGAGCCGUCAGUCGCGGUGGCACAGCAAGGAUUGCAGGGCGGACGAGGGAGACAAGGACAUGACGAAAAGGCAGUAAAAGGUAGACAGUACUCAUGCGUGUCGUGUGAUAAGGUCUUCCGUCAACUGACCAACCUGAUCCGACACUGCAAGCUUGACAAUAUCGACACGAGUGUGAACAAGAAAGCAGUGACCUGUCCGGUUUGCAGCAAAGUGUUCUCUCGUCCCGACAAUUUGAAACGGCAUCGCAAGAACCACACCGCAGAUCAGCUGCCGUCUAUCAGCCAUCAAAUCUCGGAUCAAGAGAAAGUGGAGUCAACCAUUGCUAAGACCGGAACUGACUGUAACCCUCCCCAAAACCCUAGCAGUACAAUAUCAACCUGUCCAGCGUGUGGAGUUGUUUUCCAGAGGGUGAGCCAUAUGUUACGGCAUCUACAAAACGACCACGGUGGAGUGUCAGCAUCUUAUCCAACACCGUUCGAGCAAACCCCCGAACCCUACCAAUCUGAGAAUGUAGAGGGAGAUCCCGAGAUGAUGGAGGCUGUUUCCGAUGUCCAUACCACCCCAUCCCCCACUGAUGUACCACCAACGUCACCGCAGACACCACUGCAGACACCGCAGACAUCACAAGCACCACACGGGCACAUCUGCCCGCUGUGUGACAAGUCUUUCAGUCGGCACGACAACCUGAAGAAACACAUCAAAACGUACCACGAAGGCAGUACAACUCCACCGUCAAUACCCGAAGAAACCUAA